AAAGAAAAACAAAAAGGUGAAGCAAUUGAAAACACUACCAAACGGUCCGAACCUAUAUAUACAGAAAGAGGGGGGCACAUAGAAUCGUUCUAGACGACUUCAAAAUCCAAGAGAGAGAAACAAAACACGAAAAUGGCGGAUUAACAGGAACUUCUCGUUCUUCCGUUCGAUUUUAUUUCGUCAAUAAAUCUGUUAACCGAAUUCGGCUGCGUAUUUUUGGGUUUCUAGGGCAGAGAUAUGAUGAAUUCUAUGGGCUGAGGGAGAUUGAUGGAUUCAGCGCGGAGUUGGCUGCAUAAGUUUCAACCAAGAGAUCGGUUGAGGUCGAAUACUAAAAAGAGGGAGUCAAUGGCUGACGGUGAGGUUUCAAAUAGCCCGGAGAUGGAUGAAGAGGUCUCGAAUAUAACAAAGCAGAAGGUUGCUGCAGCUAAGAAGUAUAUCGAAAACCAUUACAAGGAACAAAUGAAGAAUUUGCAAGAGAGGAGAGAACGGCGAAUCCUACUUGAAAAGAAAUUGGCUGAUGGUGACGUUUCAGAGGAAGAUCAGAACAACUUGCUUAGAUUUCUAGAGAAGAAGGAAACCGAAUACAUGCGCCUUCAAAGGCACAAAAUGGGAGUUGAUGAUUUUGAGCUACUCACAAUGAUCGGAAAGGGAGCAUUUGGUGAGGUCAGAAUUUGCAGGGAGAAGACAACAGGCACUGUAUACGCCAUGAAAAAGCUUAAGAAAUCAGAAAUGUUACGUAGAGGUCAAGUUGAGCAUGUGAGAGCUGAAAGGAAUCUUCUUGCUGAGGUGGACAGCAAUUGCAUUGUUAAGCUUUACUGCUCAUUCCAAGAUAACGAAUAUCUAUAUCUCAUAAUGGAAUAUCUACCUGGUGGAGACAUGAUGACGUUACUUAUGAGGAAAGAUACGUUAACUGAUGAUGAAGCCAGAUUUUAUGUUGCUGAAACAGUUUUAGCAAUUGAAUCCAUACACAAACAUAAUUAUGUGCAUCGAGAUAUCAAGCCUGAUAAUUUGCUACUGGAUAGAUAUGGGCAUUUGAGAUUAUCAGAUUUCGGAUUGUGUAAACCGUUGGAUUGUAGUACAUUAGAAGAAAAAGAUUUUACAACGGUGGAUAACGGCUCCAAUUCAACAGGCGAGGGGAAUUCGGCUGCCCCAAAACGCACACAACAAGAACAGUUGCAGCAUUGGCAGAAAAAUAGGAGGACACUUGCUUAUUCGACAGUUGGUACUCCUGAUUAUAUCGCUCCAGAGGUUCUAUUGAAGAAGGGUUAUUCACUGGAAUGUGACUGGUGGUCUCUUGGUGCUAUCAUGUAUGAAAUGCUUGUUGGAUAUCCACCUUUCUACUCCGAUGACCCGAUGUCAACUUGUAGGAAGAUAGUACAUUGGAAAUCACAUUUGAAGUUUCCACAAGAAGCACAGCUUUCUCUAGAAGCAAAAGAUCUUAUCAGCAGACUGCUCUGUAAUGUCAACCACAGGCUGGGUUCAAAAGGCGCAGAUGAAAUAAAGGCUCAUCCCUGGUUUAACGGUAUUGAUUGGGAAAGAAUAUAUCAAAUGGAAGCUGCAUUUAUUCCAGAAGUUAAUGAUGAAUUGGAUACUCAGAAUUUUGAAAAAUUUGAAGAGUCAGAACACCAAACCAAGAGUUCAUCAAGAUCCGGACCAUGGAGAAGGAUGCUCUCGUCUAAGGAUAUUAACUUUGUUGGCUACACAUACAAGAACUUUGAGAUUGUGAAUGAUUAUCAAGUCCCUGGAAUGAUUGAACUGAAAAAGAAGAAAACCAAACCAAAGAGACCAACUAUCAAGUCACUGUUUGAGGAAGAACCGGGCAACGAUUCGACAUAAGGGCACUUUUGGAAAUCCUUCUUGCGCAGUCAAAGCUAUUCUCGUUGCUCGAUUACAUACGAAGGGGCGAAAAAUCGUUAUGGAUACCAAGUUUGGUUAAAAAAUUACAUAUUUGUUGUGAAGUUCAUUUUCGUUUUGAUUAUUAGUUAUCAAAAUUAAAUCUAGAGGCCGUUGACGAGUUAUUUGCAAAUGUUGGAAGAUCGUUUUUCUUGCUCAUCUUGAGCCGACAGAAAACUUGUGUACAAAGAGCCAAAUAUUGUACCUUGAUUGACCAUAGUUAAAUUACUAGUCAGCUGUGCAUUUCCGUUGGUUUAAA